GUAAAACAUCCAGGGAAGAAAACACACACACACACGCACACACACACAAAAGCUCACACACACGCCUUCAAGCGACUCGAGCCCGUGCCGUGGCUUUGUAACGAGCAGUCCCAGUCCAAUGCGAUGGUAUUCGUCAUAUGCAUCCGGGCUGUCAGGCUUAUCUGGUUACAAAAUGAGUCAAAAGCUAGUUUGGGUGGUUGAAACCGACCUGGUUUAAAUGUCAGUGGCGCUUUCAGUUCAUGCAGCAUUCCUGGAUUCUUCACCAGAACACAAGCUUUUGCUCGAGAGUUUCGACGGCUGCUUCUGUUGAGGCAGGGCUUGGAAGAACGCAGGCAUUUUUGGAAUAUUAAAAAGCUGCUGGUGGAAAACUGCCGGAAACGCACAAGUCCAAGUCAUCUGGGAUUCGUAUCGUUCACAUGAUGGAUGUGAUUUCACAGUGCAUGGAGGAAAUGACACGAUCUGUCACCCUGGAUUAACACGAUUCACCCAUUGGUGGGAUUGUUAUACACGAAUGAACGUGGCAUUUGGGCAAACUCCUUUUGGCAGGAUGUUGACACCAUGAAGGCUUGGGAACACUGACCAUAAUAUAAUCAGGAAGAUUUCUGCCUACAUGCUCACAGCUUGCAGUGCAGAAUGGCAUCGACCGAGAGACUGUAUGAGGUUUGGAUGCUAUACUGCAAUAAGAAGGACCCGGACUACCUGAAACUCUGGUUGGAGAUCUUCAUCAACUCCUAUGAGAGAUGCCUGGAUGUGGAUUUCGAGAAACCACCAACCAGGUUGGAGGAUACGCCGCCCGUCAUGACGCUGUUACCUGAUAACAUCCUGCAGGUCUUGCGUCUGCAGCUGCUGCAGUGUAUGCAGAAAGCGUCUGAGGGACUGGAGCCCGAGCAGCAGACGUUGGCCCUCCUGCUCCUCAAGUUCCUCAUCGUCAUCUGCAGGAACCUGUCAAAUGUAGAAGAGAUCGGCGCCUGUUCCUACAUAAACCACAUCAUCACCAUGACAACGCUUUACAUCCAACAGCUGAAGAGUAAAACGAAAGAGAAGGAGCUGGCUGAUCAGACACAAGCGGAGGAGUUUGUCCGUCACGCUCUGGCCUUCUGUGAGAGUCUGUAUGAUCCCUAUCACAACUGGAGGCAUGGCAUUCACGGACAGCAGCUCAGUACUGUGGAGAGAAGCAGACAGAAGUUUAAAGCUGCAGCGCUCACUGUAGAGUUCGUGCCCUUCUUCUACCAAUGUUUUCAGGAGAGUGAGCACCUGAAGGACAGUCUUAAAUGUUGCCUUUUGCACCUGUUCGGAGCCAUUGUUGCGGGCGGACAGCGUAACGCCCUGCUGGCCAUCUCUCCGGCAACGAUGGAGGUGCUGCUGGGAGUGUUGGGUGCCGGCGAGUGUCUGAGCGGAGGUGGAGAUGGAGAGGACUGGGACAGCGAGGCUCCUGACAGGAAGUCGCUGUUGACUCUGGGCUGUUUGCGGGAGGUGGUGCACCGGCUCCUGGCCAGCAGCUCCGAUCAGAGACAGGUGGAGAUCAGCUCUGUGCUGGAGAGCUACUUCAAACUGCUCAACUCAGACCCCGCCGCCACAGCGCAGGUCAAAGGUCGCCCGUCGCCGCCCCGCUCUCGGCACUGGGAGAGCCGCUUUGUGGCGUUACAAGUGAACAUGCUCGAAACCAUUCAGGACAUGUUUGAGUGCAGCGACCGCCCCGUCCUGCAGGCCAUCUUCCUCAACAGUAACUGCUUUGAGCAUCUGACCCGACUCCUGCAGAACAGUAAGCUGGUUAACGCUAGAUGCACAGCCGCAGACAAGGACCAGAAAGAUUUAACCAACAGGUUACUGACAGGAGAGAGUGAGAUUCAGGUGUUCCAAGGGAGGCUUGACUCUCUUGCCGUGGCAACGAUCAAAACUCUCACGACAGUGAUGCACAAGUCGCCUGCUGCAAAGGAAGUGUUUAAGGAGCGGAUUGGCUACACUCACCUGUAUGAGGUGUUGGUGUCACUGGGUCAACCGUCCAGACACCUGCUGAAGGAACUCAUGAACAUGGCUGUUGAGGGUGAGCAUUCGUCUGUGGGUCUCCUGGGCAUCAGUAACGUGGAGCCUCUCCUGCUCCUGAUCCAGUGGCUUCCAGAGCUGGACUCUGCCGAGCUGCAGAUCUUCACUGCCGACUGGCUCCGGCGCAUCUGCGGUCUGAACCGGCACACGCGAGCCACCUGCGUCAACUCCUGCAUGACUGCCAGAGUGCUGUCGGCUCUGGAGAGACACGAGCGGCUGCACCGGGCCUGUGCCGAGAGUCUGGUGGGCCUGCUGGGAUCUUUAGGCAGCCAGUCGCUGAGUUCCUCUGAGCUCCAGAAUCUGCUGAGACUCCUGCGUCAGGACGAGCCGGGCGGCGCUCACCCGUAUGUGGGACCGGUGCUGCGGGCGCUCCUGGGGAUGGUGCGCAAACAGGGCCUGGAGAGCGCCAUGCAGUACUUUGAUCUGUCACCGCCCAUGGCUGGCAUCGCCGUGCCGACUAUCCUCCGUUGGCCAGGCUCCGCCUUCAGCUUCUUUGCUUGGCUGUCAUUGGACCAAGAUCAGCUGGGCCCACCCAGUAAAGGAGAGAAGAGGAAGCAGCUGUAUAGUUUUUUCACCCCGGGCGGCACCGGGUUCGAGGCCUUUAUCAGUUCAGCCGGAGUGCUUGUGGUUGCCGUGUGCACUAAGAAAGAAUACGUCACUGUCAUGCUGCCUGACUACUGCUUCUGCGAUUCGCUCUGGCACAGUAUUGGUGUGGUUCACGUGCCGGGGAAGAGGCCGUUUGGCCAGAGUCUGGUCUACAUCUUUGUGGAUGGACAGCAGAAACUAUCAGCACCUUUAAAAUACCCGACCAUGACUGAGGCCUUCACGUCAUGCUGUAUCGGUUCAGCGGGUCACCGCACCACGACGCCUCCUCCCUCUCAGAUCCCAGAUCCUCCGUUUUCCGGUGGCAAUCCCUCCGGACGCUCGUCAUUUGGCGCUAUCCUCCCGGGCUGGGGAGGCCUGCUAGGGACCAAACCUGAGUCUGUCACCAAACUGAUUUCUGCCGGGACUCAGGACAGCGAGUGGGGGAGUCCCACCUCACUGCAAGGCCAGCUGGGAAGUGUCAUGGUCUUCCACGAGCCCCUCCAAGCCAGUCACGUCAAAGCCCUCUGUAGCACAGGACCAAACUGUAUUUCUCCCUUUAAAAGUCAAGAGGCUGAACUCGGAGACCUGGCGCCCAAACUUCUGCUACACUAUUCUCCAAAGGCAUGUAGGAACCCAAUUUGUCUGGAUUUGUCCCCUAAUAUGCUCCACGGUCGACUGACGGGAAAUAAAGUGGUCAACUGGGAUAUCAAAGACAUGAUCAACUGUGUUGGAGGGCUUCCUGUGUUGCUUCCAAUCUUGGAACAGUUGACUUUGUUAACCCCUGAUUUGCAUCACGUGGACCCCUCGGGGUCAGAGUUCAUCACCCCUGACUCAGCCACACCCGCUGAUGGAGACUGGGUCAUACUGCCCUCAAACAGAGCGUCAGAGGCCAGACUGGAGAAGAAUCUGGUGGCGACGUUCUUGCUGGUGAUCAAGCAUUUCCUGCAGAGGCAUCCCAUAAACCAGGAAACCCUUCUGCACUCCCACGCUGUGGCCACGUUAGGAGCUCUGCUGCAGAAGCUGCCAGCGUUCCUGGUGGACGUGAGCGUGCUGGUGGCGGUUCAGCUGUUGACUGAGCAGAUGACGUAUGAGAAGAACUCGCAGCUCCUGCAGCAGCUCCACACACACCUGCUCUUCAACUUCAGCAUCUGGAACCAAGGAGAUUUCCCACUGCGCAUCGGUCACAUCCAGUACAUGUCCACCGUCAUCAAAGACAGCAGGAAGCAGUUCAGGAAGAAAUAUGGAGUGCAGUUCCUGCUGGACACAGUUCGCCUUUACUAUGGUUCUGGAAGUAAAGAUGCAGAUCUGAGUGAGGACGACAUCAAGACAAUCAGAGCUUCUCUCUGUGGCCUUCUGAAGUAUUACGUCAGCAAGGGAACCACCCAAGAGGAGAUCCAGAGCAUUCUGGGAUACAUCGCUGCCAUUGGAGACGAGGAACAGCUGUGUGGGAUCCUGGAGCUGCUGCUGACUCUGCUGCAGACCAGCGUGGCGCGGGACCAGCUCUUCCUGCUGCUGUUUGAACCGGGAGCGGCCGACUCCUGCUACGCUCUGCUGCUCAACAACAAACACUCCGACCGACUCCGAGAGCUCGUCUUCAAGCUGUUUGAGCGGAUGCUGAAGUGUGACCGUGUGUAUGAGAAGAGCAAGCAGAGGUUGCGCUUGAGGGACGUGGGGUACUCUGGCCUCAGUCUGCUGUUCUCAGACCUGCACCUCACCUCCACCCUCAUCAAGUGCCUCCUUCACCAAGUGCUGUCUACUGAUACUGUCAUAAACUAUAAAGAUCUGAUGGCUGUGGUUCUGCUGACCCAUAAAGCCGGACCCAGCAUUCGCCUGACUGUAUGCAAGAGGCUGUAUGCGCUGCUGCAGUCUCAGCAGUUAGCAGCGCUGCAGAUCUCCAGGCAGACGUGUUGGCAGGGCACUCUAAUGAGUCUGUUUGUCCGGAGCCCCGGGAGCGACGGAGGUUCUGGUUCGGGCCGUGGUGACGCGGGUAGCCUGGGGAGUUUCGAGCUGAGCCGCAGCAGCGGAGGAAACCGCCUGGAGCCUCCUCUGGAGCGCAGGACUCUGGGAGACAGGCUUGAGGAGCGAGACAGUGCCUCAGACAGCAGGUCCAUAGACAGCCUGGACAACGGAGAGCUGAUGUCUCUCUCCGAAACACCAGGGGACGCGCCGACACCCAAAGUCUGGGGCGGGAACCUGGGGAAAGCUGGGGUCUUGAGUUUGGACCUGUCUGAUCACGGGGACAGCGGCAGUCAGACUCCGGGCAGCAUGCCGAGCACACCGUCUCCUCUGGAGAAUGCAAAGCCCUUCCCAGGAGCUUCCUCUCUGAAUGAUGACAGCUUCCUGUUUAGUGACAAUGUGUCCCUGGGAGAGUCUUUUAACAGUGAGCGUGCGGAGGAGGAGUUCUCGCGUCUGCUGUUGGAGAUUGUGUUGUGUGUGAUGUGGAGAGGGGUGGAGGGGUCAGAUGAUGCUGCCUGGCUGGAGAGAGGUCAGGUGUUCUCCGCUCUCACCAAACUGGGCACUGCCAACGAGCUGCUGCUGCCCGUCGACCACAUCAAACUCAGCCUGAUGGAGAGGAUGCUGGAAUUUGCCGUAACGGAUAACCGAGAGGCGACGACGGCCACGCUGCCGCAGCACACGGAGAACGCGGUGCGUCUUCUGCACAUGGUGCAGGACUUCCUGCAGGCUGAGGGGCUGGUGAAUCCCGCUCUGUGGACUGAGAAGGUUCUGGACGAGAUGGUGACUCUGAUGGACGGACUGAUGGUCUGGUACGCCUCCGGGACGCAGUGGCUCCAGCUGUCUCAGGUGGGACUACGGCUGCUGCUCGGGUUCAUGGCACAGGAAGACCCACAGGUGUGUGCCAUGGCUACGGCCAAAUUGAAUGGCAUCUUGCAGACGAAGACGGUGGACUCUCCGGACGAGGCCUGUUAUCUUCUGGGUCGUGUGGAGGGGAUCCUCAGGCGCUCUGUGAGCGAGGAGCGGACAGAGGAGACCUACUCGUUUUUAGUGCCUCUCCUCCGUACGCUCCUGUCUAAAGUCCACAAACUCCUGUACAUGGAGCUGCACCUCCCUUCCCUCCCCGACACCAACGGAAGCCCGUCUUUCUUUGAGGACUUCCAGCUGUACUGCAGCUCUCCGGAGUGGAGGGUCUAUUUGGAUAAAUAUAUUAUUCCCUACAUGAAGCAAUAUGAGAUCGAGACGUUCAGUCAGGGUCAUGAGAACAUGGCUCUCUACUGGAAGGACUGUUACGAGGCGUUCAUGCUCAAACUGCACCGCAGGGACCGAGAGAGAGGAGAGAGCAAGAUACGCUUUCAGGAGCAGUUUGUGGAACCGUUCAGUCGCCGAGGGCGUCAGGAGAACCUGAGGUACAACAGCAUGCUGAAACAAAUCCACACGCAGAACAGCGCCAUCCUCCGGCAGUGGAGGGCGGCCCGCAGAGGACUCUUCUGUGAGAGAGGACCCUGGGUGGACAAGCAGCAGAAGGACAUGCACUGGAAGCUCUCUAGCGCUGAGAACUACUCCCGUAUGCGACUCAAACUGGUGCGGAAUUACAACUUUGAUCCCCAUAGAGAAGCCAGUGCCUUGAGAGACAACCUAGGUGUGCAGCACCAGCAGGUAAACGCAGAGUCGCUGUUGUUAGAGGCGGUGAAGCAGGUGAAGGUCAGUGAUCUGGAGGAUGACAUCCUGGAGCUCCUGGAGGAGGAUCCUGCAUCAGCCAAUCAGGCUGAUUCUGAAGAGGCGGGUCAGAAGGAGAAGCUGGUGAUCUCAGAGGACUGUGAGCUGGUCACGGUGGUAGACGUCUAUCCGGGUCGUCUGGAGCUCACCACACAACACAUCUACUUCUACGACAGCAGCACAGAGAAAGAGGAAGGUGUAGGUCAGGACUUUAAAUGGCCUCUGUCUCAGAUCAGAGAGAUUCACCUGCGCAGGUACAACCUCCGGCGCUCGGCUCUGGAGAUCUUUCUCAUCGACCAGACCAACUACUUCCUGAACUUCAAGAAGGAGGUGCGUAACACCGUCUACAGCCGGAUGCUGCUGCUGCGUUCUCUCUCUCUUCAUGCCAUUCACUCACCGCAGGAGCUGCUCAAAGCCUCUGGACUCACACAGAAAUGGGUGAACAGGGAGAUCUCGAACUUCGACUACCUGAUGCAGUUGAACACCAUAGCAGGACGGACGUAUAAUGACCUGGCUCAGUAUCCUGUGUUCCCCUGGAUCCUGUCGGAUUAUACGUCCGAGGAGCUGGAUCUGUCCGAUCCGCGGGUGUUCAGAGAUCUCUCCAAACCUGUGGCCGUGCUGAACGAGAGGAACGCCAAAGCCGUCAGAGAGAAAUAUGAGAGUUUUGAGGACCCCACGGGCACCAUAGACCGUUUCCACUACGGCACGCACUACUCGAACGCCGCUGGAGUCAUGCAUUACCUCAUUCGAGUCGAACCCUUCACAUCCCUGCACAUCCAGCUGCAGAGCGGCAGGUUUGACUGUGCUGACCGUCAGUUUCACUCUAUUCCUGCUACCUGGCAAACCCUCAUGGACAAUCCCAACGAUGUCAAAGAGCUCAUCCCAGAAUUCUUUUACUUCCCAGAGUUCUUGGAGAACCAGGACGGGUUUGACCUGGGUCGCUUACAGAUCUCUAAAGAGAGGGUAAAUGAUGUCAUCCUGCCUAAAUGGGCCAAAUCCCCCGAGGAUUUCAUCUACAAGCACCGCAAAGCCUUGGAAUCUGAGUAUGUGUCGGCCCACCUGCAUGAAUGGAUCGAUCUGAUCUUCGGCUAUAAACAGAGGGGCCCGGCUGCAGUGGAGGCCCUUAAUGUCUUCUACUACUGCACAUAUGAAGGGGCUGUUGAUCUGGAUGCCAUCACAGAUGAGAAGGAGAGGAAGGCUCUAGAAGGCAUGAUCAGUAAUUUUGGACAGACACCGUGCCAGUUACUGAAGGAGCCCCAUCCCAUGCGUCUCUCUCUGGAGGAGCUGGAGAAGAGGAGAACCCGUCUGGACUCCUGUCCUCUCAACAUAUUCGAGCACCUCACUGAACUCAAAUCCUUCUUCAUUGAGGGCAUCAGUGAUAAUGUGCCACUGGUUAAAGCUGUUGUCCCUAAGAACCAAUCACAUUCUUUUAUCUCACAGGGGAGUCCAGAUACUCUGGUAACUCUGAGCCAGAACUGCUUGAUGGGAACUCACGGCUGGCUGCCCUACGACAAGAACAUAUCCAACUAUUUCACCUUCAUCAAAGACCCCACCGUAGCCGGUGUAAAGACUCAGAGGUUUCUAGCAGGGCCGUUCUCUCCAGGGGUUGAAGUCACAGCUCACCUGUUUGUUGUGUCUCAUGACGGGAAGCUGCUCUUCAGUGGGGGCCACUGGGACAACAGCCUGAGAGUGACGUCACUCGUAAAGGGCAAAACAGUGGGGCAGCACAUCCGCCACAUGGACAUCGUAACGUGCCUGGCCACAGAUCACUUUGGGAUUCACCUGAUCUCAGGCUCUAGAGACACCACCUGUAUGGUGUGGCAGGUGCUUCAGCAGGGUGGUGCUCCGGUGGGUCUGUCCCAUAAGCCAGUGCAGGUAUUGUACGGACACACAGAUGAAGUUGUGAGUGUGUCUAUCAGUACAGAGCUGGACAUGGCGGUUUCUGGAUCACGGGAUGGGACGGUGAUCAUUCACACUGUUCGGAGGGGUCAGUACAUGCGCUCUCUGCGGCCGCCGUGUGAGAGCUCUCUGCCCGUGUCCAUCAUGCACCUGGCUGUGUCCUGGGAGGGACAUCUAGUGGUGCACACCUGUAUAGAGGGCAAAUCCACACUGAAGGAUAAGAACGCCCUGCACCUGUACUCUGUGAACGGGAAGCACCUGUGCAGCGCUCCUCUGAAGGAGCAGGUGACAGAUAUGUGUGUUUCAGGAGAACAUGUGGUCAUCGGCAGCGAGCAGGGGUUCCUGUCUGUCAGAGACCUGUACAGCCUGGCUCUGUGCGUGUCGCCGAUGGCGAUGCGGGUGCCCAUCCGGUGCGUGUCCGUGACCAAGGAGCAGUCUCACGUUCUGGUGGGCCUCGAUGACGGCAAGCUGAUCGUGGUGGGCGUCGGGAAACCCGCCGAGGUAAAAAACUCCUUCAGGAACUACAUCACCCAGAGGAUGGAGGGCUCGCCUCUGAUGAACACGCUGCGUGUGCGAUCGCCCGCACGCCUGCUGCAUCUCAGAGACCAGAACACGUUCAGCCCCGACAUCAUCUGAAAGAAAUACACACACGUUGGGGACUAUCCAAACCCAAAACCAUAACUCUUCCCCUAAAAAAACACUUUAUUUAUUUAUUAAUCAUUUAUUUUUUGAAGACAAGCCCAAAGUGGUAUUAUCAGAUUAAGCUAACUUCUGAGGACACUUUUCAUCAAUUUUGUCCCCAAACUAUCAGUCAGUCAAUAACAUAAACGUAAACAUAAUAAACAGUACACUCAUGAACACAGUAAUGACAUAACAAUGCAUUUUUAUCUUGAGCAUCUGUGGUGUGAUCAGUGGUGAUUGUGUGAAGUGUAAAUGUUUUUAAAUAAGUUUGCUGUUGGUUUCAGUUUUCUCUUAGCAGUUGGAGUUGUAACCUAAGCAAACCCUCAUGAUACUACUAACAACGCUAGUAAUAAUACGAUAUAACGAUAGUAUAAUAACGAUAGUAAUAAUAGAAUAAAAUAAACUCGUAGUGUUACACUCAUUCUAGAAUAAUUGUAAAACUGUGAAAUCGUUAGAGGGUUUUGAUGGUUUAAAAAAAAAAAUAAAAAAUCGAUGUGACUGAAUGCACAGGUAUUCAUGCCAAACACUGAAGCUAUUUUUUUAUAUUCCAAACAGUGCAACAAAUGUUCUCAAGGAUUUUUUCCUAAAUAUCACUAGCUUGCAUAGCAACAUUUGGGUUUCUACAUUAGAUGAAUUAAUAUGGAAACCACAGCAUGAAAAAUACUCUACAUGAGUAUGUGAACACGCUUCCAGCUACAGAAACUCAAUAUUACACAUCAGUGUUUUGCAAAAUAGUAACUGAUGCUAUUGAUAUUAUAUCAGUAUUUCAUUUUUAAAAUAUCAUGGUUAUUGUCAGUACCAGUAUAUUGCGAUACAUUUACUCAGAGAACAUACUGUAUUUUUCAUUCACCACAUUGCCAUAAGGGGUGCUGUAAUGUAGCUAAUUCCUUAAAUUAUCACACAUUGUUUGAUGUGACCUCUAUCGCCCCCUUGAGUUCUGAGAUUAGUUAAAGUGAACGUAGUCUCUGCCUCUGAUGGAAGAAUGGAAAACACUGACUCAGUUUGCUGAUUUCAACCUUCCACACAUUUCUGCAAUGGGACCACGAGCUUACAAUGCGUUUUUCCAAGCAAUCUGUGUUUUGCAUGCUUGUGUAGAGUAUGUUUCUGACAUAAAAUAUCAGUUCAGACUUUACAGUCAUUACAUACAGUACAAUUACACAGCCCUGCAUCUUUAAUUGCAAAAAAGGCAUAAUAUUAUGUGAUUGGAUUAUGCUGAGUUCAAAAACAUCAAUAACAACUUUCUAUCAUGUACAGUUUUUCCACAAAAUAAGAGUGAUAAUUUUUCAAAUUAUGCAUUUAUCAGCUUUAAUACAUUAUCAAAAUAAUGCUCAAAGUGUCAAAGGUUUCGGAUUUAAUGACAAAACCUAUUCAAAAUGUUUCAUUUAACAUAAUACUCCAUUUAAUGUCAAAGAACUUUACAAAAUAAGCUUUCUUCACAAAAUGUGUACUUUUCUUCCACUUUGUGGAUGUAGUAUAACACCCAUAGGUUACAUUUACUAUAUCUUGAAAUCAGGAUCUGGCAUAAAAUAAUGCCUUCAGAAUCAUUCAUACAUGAGAAAAUUGGCUGAGAAUUGAACAGAUAGUCAUAACCUGGCUCAAAGGAAGAUCUUAUCAUGUCUUUGUGGCAUUUUUAAGGGAUAAUACAAGACUUCUUCACCUUACAAAUGGUUGUCAAAAUGCAAAGUGACGUGCUUAAGCAAAACAGGCACUGUUACUGGAAUCAGCAGCCCAGUUAGUAAGAGAAACGUCUUAGUAUUGGAUUUCAUUCAGCAAUUAAGAUGCAGGACGGUGUUAUCAUUAUCUUCUUUUUUUGAGUUACCUCACUUGAAAUGCACAUUUUUGAUUUUGCACUAACCUCAAAAUGAAUCCAGCACAGAUGAUCUCUCAUGCACUCAUCAAUCAUCUUUUUUCCCCCCACUGUUCACCUCCUCUUUACUUUUAUCCUUCACUUCCCUCUCCUCUCCGCUCCUCAGAUGCGUUCUGGCCAGAUUACGAGGAAACUCUGGGGCUCCAGUAAGCGUCUCACUCAGAUCUCGUCUGGAGAAACAGAGUAUCACACCCAAGAGCAGCCCUGACCCCGCCCCCAAAUCACAGCCCUCCUGUCUGAUUGGCCCACUGCCCUGUCAAUCACCCAAAUCCAUUGUUUCAAAUGGGAGGAUGGGUCUCUCCUCUUGCUGAGACAAUAUGAAGGACUUUUUUUAGCACCUGUAUGCAAAUCUGUGUGUGUGUUGAGCCAAACGGAUGCGUGCUCCCUCGUGCAGUUGGACUGGUGCAGGCACCAUCUAACUACAUGUGUCUGAAUUCUGUGAAAACCCUAAUGUUGACCCUCCUGACUCCUCCCUCUCUGUCGUUUUCCACCACAUGUGCCACGCCCAUUUAGUAUCAUCAUCAGCAUCACUACAACAUGUUUUUGUCAUGUCUGCAUUCACAUAUGCAUCAGGUUUUACGUGUCGAGUACGUGUCCGGUUAUUUGUUUCUUUAGUGGCCUUGUCAUAAUUCAUAGGUUGUUUCAUUAGUGGACACAGGCAUUAUUUAUUUGCACAGUCUUGCUCUUGCACAGACCUCGAAAAGUGGAUGAUAUUGUACACCAGUAUAAUUCAAAAUACGCAUGACAUAUUUCAAUAGACCAACACAUUUUAUAGCAAAACUGACAUCUGUGGGUGCGAACGCUGAAUGUUGAAUGUUGUCAUUCAUUACUUGAAUUGUGAUGUAGUUAUUUCAAUGAAGAAUGCAAGAUUUAAUGCUGUCGUGGAUGUACAUGCAAAUAGUUUUAUAACCAUUCUAGUUUGAUUUAUAGAUUUGUUGCAUCUGAAACACUACAGAUACAAAGGGGGAGAUGUUUCGAAGGGCUUUGUGAGACACGAUAAUAAGCAAUACAGUUCAUCCCUCUGAAUCAUUCCACUGGCUAACCGAUGCUCCGCAGUCUUCCUAGUAUCCAAACCGAGCACUACAUAGAGAGAGGAGGUACUUGUGGAACAGCUAGAACCAAUGCAGCAUAAUGUGAUAGUCAGGUGAGACGCUGUUUCCCCUCCUCUUUUAUAUUUCUAAGCCAUGCAGUCUUCGUUUACUAUGCAGCAGGCCUUCUAAAGAAUUCACAGUUACUGAUCGACAUCUGAAUUCUGCUCCAUCAUAUGCAGAUUUAAUUUCUUCACCGUAGGCUGGCGAUGUAUGCGUUUCCUUUACAAGAAUGUACCAUAGUAAUCAUAGUUUCCAGCAAAAUAUAAGAAAGUGUGUGAAAAAAAGUUUUUGCAUUUGUCUGUACUAAAUCACUAGACUUAGUAUAGUGAUAAUAACUGGUAUUUUGGUGGAAACUAUAAUUACCAGGAUUUAGUUUGCAUUUGUUUUAAUCCUCAUUUUCUUACACUAAUGUCAUUCACUCCUUUACUAAAGGACGGUUGUUUGGAAACUUAUAAGCGAUAUGAAGAUGUUAGUGAAGAUACUCAUACCAAAAUGCUGAUGUCUUCAUCAAGAUGUUUUGUGUGUUGUGUGUUCUUCCAUAUAUGUGCUUUAGUUUGCUUUGGUGCUGAAGUUUAGAUUUGAAGUCUGAAUCGGGGUUAUGAGUUAUGUUCAUUUCCUAAGUGCUCCCUGCAUCUGCUGGUUGCUUUGGAAAUAAGUUAUACCAAGAGAUCUCAAUGAAUGCUUUGAUUUCUUUGCAUUUAUUCUAUUUUUUAGACUGUCCAAGUAAUGUCUGAAGUGGCUGUUUUUAUUCACAUGUCUGUUUGUAUGUAUGUGUUUUUCUUCCUUUAAUUAAAUGAAUGGAGUGCCUUUUUUAUUCUGUCGUCAUGCAAAUUAGUCUCCGUGAUCUGAACUCUACAGCGUGACCUUUCGUGACCCCUGUGGACAGCCAGACAAACUUCAGCAGCGACUCCUCCGUCAUAUCAGACCUGUGACUUACUGAGCUGCUUUUGAUUUAGUCGUCACUAAUGGAUGUGUGUGUAUAUCUGUGCUUAUUUAUGAAUCCAGUAUGAAAUGUACAGCAUGAUUUUUAUUUCUGUUUAUGAAUUGUAUUUUUUUGCACUUUCCAGGUACGACAAAUUGUAAGAGAUUGUUUUAAAUGUCUCCUUGAUCUGUACAGAGAAACUGAUUUGUUAUACGUGAAAAUUUAUCAUUAAUAAAGCCCUGUUGAAAAGUCA